UCCGGAAAGGACGCCGCGAGGCGGAAAUCGCUCGCGCCCGGUCGAGGGACUGCCCGUAUAGAGGAAGGUGCCUGGCAAUGUUCUGGACGUUUGAGUGUGAAGCGCUUGCAAACCGACCAGACAAGAUCAUGGCAACUCAGAGUUCCACGUCACUGCAGGAUUUGAUUCGGGAAGAUUUUUUGACUUGCAAAAUCUGCUAUGACCUGUAUGUGGUGCCCAAAAUCUUGCCAUGUCUGCAUACCUACUGCCAAAAAUGCCUAGAGCCCUUGGUAGAAAAUGGGACCAUACAUUGUCCUGAGUGCCGUCUGCAGUCGGAAGUUCCUGGAGGUUCUGUGGGGCUGAAGACCAAUUUCUUCAUUAAUAGCCUCUUGGAACUGUUCCAGAUGAAGCGCAACAAGGACCUAGAGUGCACAGUCUGCUCUAGUGCUCAGAAAGUUGUGGCUGCCACUGCCCGUUGCCUGGAUUGCAAGGAUUUCUUGUGCCAGAUAUGUUCCCAGGGCCACUGCUGCUCCCGCCUCACUCUGCACCAUAAGGUGGUGAACCUGGAAGAGUUCCUUGCAGGGCAUUAUGACACUGAGGUAAGAUUCUUACAGGAAAUGUGGUGCCAAGAUCACCCACAGGAGGCGCUCCGUUUCUUCUGUGAUACCUGCAGCAUGUCCAUCUGCAGGGAUUGUCGCAUGCUGGACCAUUUCCAGCACAAAGUGGUGUCCAUGUCCAGUGCAGUCCAGCGGAAACGACCUUCUGUAGAGCAGUUGAUCAAGAGCUUGCAGGGAACAAUUACCUGCAUCUCUGAACAAGAGAAAGCUGUGGAGGAGGCAAUGGACAAACUAAAAGUAGAGAGCGAAUGUGUCAAGGAGAAGAUCUGCAAGUAUGUGGAAGAUAUCACUACUUACAUCUUUGCCCAGAAGGACUGUGCUUUGGCAAAACUGAAUGCCUUCCUAGCAGAGCAGCUGGAGCGUUUUUGUUUAGCACGGAAGGAGCUGCAGAGUCAGAAGGACAAAGCAAUGAACACUCAAGAGUUUUCUCAGCGUAUUCUAUGUGUUGGGAAGGACUCUGAGAUCCUUCACCUGGAAGGAAUGAUCAGGACUAGAGUUGAGGAGCUUCAGGCGCACAGACUGCCACAACUCCAAAGUCAGAUUCCAGAAUUAACCAUUGCCUGGGAUGAACCCCACCAACUCUCUGAAGCAUCAAUUUUCAGUCUUGUCUUUCCUGGGGAGCAACCCACAAGAAAUGCGCAGCCGUUGGAGCUGGGCAGUGAGUCACUGACGUCUCUGGGCGAGGAGAGUGGGGAGGUUACGGGCACUCCUUCUGAUUCAGAUGAAGACUCCCUCACAAGUGAAUCUGACUUUAAAAGCUCUUUUUCCUCCACUGGCUGGAGCAGAAGAGCAGGGUAUGCUUUCAGCUUUCAGCUAGAUCCAUCCCUCACCAAACAAAAGCCUAAUAUCACUGGGAUUGCUGUUGUGCCUCACAGUGGUCAAGUCGUCCUUUUGGAUCAGGCAAAUGCUGAGAUAAAGCAAUAUAGCGCCUGUGGCCACUUUGAGGGGGUGAUUCCUUUGCCUGCAUCUAAUUCUGUCUUCUGUGGCAUCUGUGUGUGUGGAAAGAUCCUGGCAUGUUCCUCAGAGACUCAUCUUUUUUUCCUGAAUCUUGAUGGAUUAUUCCUGCGUAAACUGCAGCUGAGGGGCUCUGAAUCGUCCUAUCCCCUUGCCUCAUAUGGAGACUCUUAUGUGGCUGUUAGUGAAGGAACUCUCUGUUCCAUCUCAUUGUAUAGCCCAUCUGGGGCAUGUGUUGGUAGAGUCCAGCCAGACAACUAUCAUGGGGGGAAAUUCCUGUUCAUUGCUGUAAAUAGCUGGGAGGAGUUUGUUGUCUCAGACUUCAUUAAGAAACAAAUUGUGGUCAUGGAGAAGUCUGGGGUUGUUCUGAAUGUGCUUAACCCCUCAACUUCACUGCUGACCAAGCCAUUCAGCAUCUGUGUUGAUGAAGACAGGAACAUUUUUGUGAUUGAUCAGUUCAAAGUGAUACAGUUCUCGCCAUAUGAUAAUACUGGGAAGGUUGUGUUCAGUGGCCAGGGUCAGAUGGGAAGACCCAGAGUCCUGGCCAUUGAUAGUAAUAACCUCAUUUUAGUGAGGGAAGAUGGAAACACUCAUGUCUUUUACCUAUACGGUAGUUUGCUAUAGCUCAUUAGAGUAUGAAUCAAGUGCCUAAUUCUGAAAUUCUGAGCAUCUUUCUGGAAACUGAGCAUCUUUCUGGAGACUGGCACUAUUGUGUUAACUAGAUAUUGAGAUGGGCUUCAGCCUUUACUAGACCUGAGAUCAGACCCUGGGUAAGAAAUGCUGUUACACUCAGAUGAAUAUGCAUUGCUGAAGUCUUCUUGCUAUUGUUAGAGCCUGACGAGAAUAACGGCAGUAGAUUAAGAUCUUACAUGUACCUUUAAACCAUGCAUUGCAUUCACACAAUUACUAUGAUCUUGUCUUUGUUCAGACCUUUGGAGUCUGCUGCUUCAAUGCAGAUCUCAGUCGAAGGACCCAUGAGAACAGGUGGCCAGACUUUUAUUUGGAACCGACAUUCCUACUUUCUCUGACAUUGUGGUCAUGGCAAAUUUUGUAGAUGCAUCAGCAGGCUUGGUCCUUCAUUCAGUGAGCAAUAGACCAGCUAUUCCUUUUUUAAUCUGAUAAUUCAAAUUCAGGCAUCAGGGUUAGUGCUGAGGAGGUCUCGGUCCUACCAUUAUAUUUACAAAGACUAGGCUUAUAACAUUCCACUUUCUUCACCUGCUGCUGUGUGGACCAGGAACUAUUGUGCCUUGCCAUCAGAUUGAAUUUUUUUGAGAAGGGGCAAUGUGAACAAGCAACGUAGCUUCUAGUGUAAUUUUAACAGUAACAUGCAUUCAGUGUGUGAUUUGUGGAAAUGUGGAUGUGUUUUCACAUACAUCUUCUCACAAGCAUUUAAUGCGCUUGCAUAAUCCCUGAGUACCCAUGGAAUUGUAGAAAUUCAAUAAUUCUCCUUGCAUACAUGUUCCUUACUCAAUGCCUACUAAAUAUGCUGUCUUUGCUAGGGCUUGACAACUGUCACUGGCUCCAUAAGCAAACGUGGAUGUGCUGAGACCAGGAAUAUUGUAUUCCAAGCUUUUUAUAGGCACACAGCUCAAGGCCCAUGUCUUAAGAUCCAUGCAGAUGUCACCUAUGAAUGGCUAUAUGCACAUGUAGUCGGCACCGAGAUCCGUUGUUGGUGAGCUACUGUCUAAUCUUCCUGCUGUUCAUUUUGGUAGUAAAGUAGUCAUCCAGUUCCCUGACUUUCCACAUGUAUGCCCAAGGAUGCACAAAUGACUAGUCUUGAAGAUGUAGAGCCCAAUAUCACCUUCUGCAAGCACACGUAUUGGAAGGUGGCCUUUCUGCUAUCUUUUAACACAAGGCCAAGAUUGUUCCUACAGAUCAUUCCCUUUUUGACCAAGCUAUGCUGUAGAUUUCCUUUGAUAGCUCUGUGCUUGGGAAAGUUGACUAGACAUGUAUUUUCUGGGGAAAGAAGACCAAAACCUAAAGAGUAAAGGGAUCAUAUGCUGCCUGCAAAUCUAGUUCCUGUUACAUCUAGUUAUCCUCUGAUUAAACAGGAAGGAAUUUUAUCAGCCUCAACAUCCUGCACCUAUGCUAGGCCCCUGAGCCUCCCUUCGCUCCAUUAGUUUUGCAGAUACUAUGGCAUUGUUCAAAGCGCAGUGGCCCAGAGUGCUUCAAAGCUGUUGCAGUCACCAACUGGGCUUCUUACCUUUGUCUUUUGGAGUUGUUGUAGCUUGACUUCCUUCCUCUCUUCUUCUGUGCCCUCCCCUUUCCUGGAGCAAGGUUGGGGAACCUGUGGUCCUGCAGAGAUUGUUUGGACUCCCAACUCCCAUCAGCCCCAGUUAGCAUGGCCAAUGGUCAGGGAUAUUUGGAGUAUCCAUCCAACAGCAUCUGGAGAGCCACAGGUUCCCCAUCCAUGUUCUAAGAAAUUGGUAACUGUUGAAGGUAUGAAAAGGAGUGCAGGUACCUCUCUGCUGAAUGCCAUCAUGCCUCAUGAGUAGCCAGGGUCAAGGGUACCCCAUUGUGCAUUACUUUAUUCUUAAGGAGCUGUUAACAUUUCUUCAGUAUAUGCUUUUGAUAUUAAUAAAAUUGAAUAAAUAACCA